CUUGUACCUUGAGAUGUAAACAAACAUUUCACGUGGUGUAUUGUUGGUAUAGAACACUUCAUUAACUUUUCCUAACUCGGAGAAGAUUUAAUAUACCACUUUCUAAAAAAUGGCUAAACCAAAAUUGAAUAUUAUCAAGGAAAACCAAAAAGCUGUACAUCCAAGGAGCAGAAAAGCAAAACAGUUAUCCAAAAAAUUCAGUAGACAACUAAAAUUACAGAAACGAAGAGGAGAGAGCAAUGCGAAGCUUCAGUUUUUAGGUGAUAAAUUGGUCUGGUUUAAAGAUAACAUGGAUCGGCAGCUUAAGGAAUUUACGCCCAAAGAUGCACUUGAAUUAAUUCAGAGAUAUAUUGAUCGCAAUCUUGAGGAGCUUGAACAAAUACAGUUGAAGCACAAGAUUGGUGGUCGGGCAUCACGGCAGCAUGCCAGUCGAGAGGACCACAUAAGAAUCACACGAGAAAGGGAGAUGAACCAGUUUUCUGGCUCAGGCCUUGAAACUGUGGACUUCAUAAAUCCAGAAGCCCUGGAAAUUUUCAAGUCUUGGUCAGGAGAGAUACGCUACUUAUCAAACCUCAAACUAAGAAGAUUCACCACGCAGUUUUUAGAGACGGGAGUAACAUCACCUGAAGGUUGUACCUCACCUCAUACUGCAGAGUCAAAUGAUGGAGAAGAAAUGGAUGAUGAUACUGAUGAUGUUCAUAAUGAAUCUGAAGAUGAAGAAAUAGCAGAAUAAUGAAAGAUAAUUCUAGUUCUUAAUGUUAAAUAUUUGUAGACAAUAAAUUGAUUCUUUUAAAGAUACUAUCAUAACA